CACGUUGUAAGCUGGAAGUAGAAAAAAACAUUGUUCUAACGUUUUCAUUUUCUUCACAGCAACAAUUCGAAUAAUAAUAUAAAACUUACCCAAAAGGUUGACAAACAAAAAUUUAACAUGACCUCUAAAAAACGUGGAUUAAGUCUAGAAGACAAACGUAAGGGUAUGAUGGAGAUUUUUUACGAAAAAAAAGACUUCUUUCAGCUGAAAGAAUUAGAAAAAAUUGCUCCAAAGGAAAAAGGAAUUGUUCAAGGAACAGUGAAGGAUGUGCUUCAAAGUUUGGUGGAUGAUGGAAUGGUUGAUACAGAUAAAAUUGGGACAUCAGUUUAUUUUUGGGCUUUUCCAAGUAAAGCAACAAACACAAAAAAACAAAAGCUAAUGCAAUUAGAAAACUCAAGUCAAGAAGCAAAGGAAUUGAGAGCUGAUGUGGAAGCAAAAUUAGCUAAAAAAAAGACUGGACAGCAGGAUGAGGAAAAGAGAGAAAAAUUGCAAGUUGAGUUAAAGAAAGCACAAGAAAAAAACACUGCAUUAAAAUCAAGCCUUAAGGAAUUUCACGAGCUUGAUCCUGAUGAACUUGAAAAGUUAAAAUCAGAAUCACAGGUUUCACUGGAGGCUGCAAACCGCUGGACAGAUAAUAUUUUUGCUGUCAAAUCCUGGUGCAAGUCAAAAUUUUUUAUAGAAGAAAAUCAAUUAAAUAAAGCAUUUGGAAUUCCUGAUGAAUUAGAUUAUUUGUGAGAAAGAAUGUUUGCUUAUUUUUGUACAUCAUCUAAUUAGUCAGCACAGUUUUUAAAGUCAAACGUUGUCUCAUUGUACUGCAGUGUUCAUUUCCUACUCUCUUUCCGCAUCUAUUUCGACUUUGGAAACUGGAAACUUUUCUAAACCCUCCGCUUUUCCUUUUCGAUGGUUUUUUCUAUUUGUUUUGAUUCGAAGAAGCCUAAAUAUAGAAUCCUCGUUUUUUUGUUA